CAGAUUGCAUUAACACGGUCGAUAAGUGUAGGGUCUGGGAUGAUCGUGAAUAUAUCAGAAGGUAGCUGCCCUCCGCUGUCGGUGGCACUUGCGACUCCCCGCCUGGCAAAGAUGCCUAUUUCUAUCCAGUCGCCCUUUAUCACCGCUAUCCCUCCGGCCCUUCACCUCCUCCCCUCCUAUCCACCUUGGUGUAUGCGUGUAGUCGUUCUCUGAACGACCCCCAAAACCCCACCAUGUUCGACGCACUGCUUAGCCCGCUCACACGGGACCCCAUGCUCCAAGUCCUCAUUGUCCUCGCCUCCCUCACCGUCUUCCUCUCCGGCAUCUUAGUCGCUGCCUUCUCCUCCCAUUUUAAGUACGCGGACCUCAAAGAGUCCGCGUACGCCUACGGCAAGUUCGCGUACGGCUGCUUCCUCAAACCGCAUAGCGGAGACACGGGAAACCAGCAGGAUGCCCUCGAGAGCUUCUACCGUGCCCAGGCGUCCGCGUAUGAUGCGACGCGGGAGAAGCUGCUGCGGGGUCGGGAAGAUAUGUUGGGGCUCGUCGCGGCGCAGAUGGCGCAUAGGAAAGAAUCAGGAGCGCUGUUGAAUAAGAUCAUCUGGGUGGAUAUCGGAGGCGGCACGGGCUGGAACAUCGAGGAGAUGGGUCGCUUUCUUGACGUUCAGACAUUCUUCCACGCCGUCUACCUCGUCGAUUUCUCCCCGUCGCUGUGCGAAGUCGCCCGCGCCCGUUUCGAGCGGCUGGGCUGGGCGAAUGUCAAGGUCAUCUGCCAGGAUGCGCGGAAAUUCCGACUCCAGGACCACGAGACACCCGACGUCGAGAAAGCGGCGUCGGAGAUAUCAGGAGCGCCGUAUGAGCCCGAUCAGCCCCCUGCUCUGGUCGGCGCAGAUCUGGUGACGAUGAGCUAUGCGUUGUCGAUGAUUCCAGAGUACUAUUCGGUGAUCGAUAGCCUCGCAAACCUCCUGUCACCUACAGGGAUCUUUGGCGUCUGCGAUUUCUAUGUCCAAAGCCGACACGACUAUCAGAAUCGGAACUACACCGGCGGCUUUGUCGAUCGACAUUGUACUUGGAUAUCCCGUACCUUUUGGCGCACGUGGUUUGAGAUCGACCGGGUGAACCUCGAGCCUGCGAGGCGGGACUAUCUCGAGUAUAAGUUUGGGACAGUGCUGAGUACCAAUGGCCGAAACCACUUCUUUGGCGUGCGGAUCCCGUACUACGUCUGGAUCGGCUGUGCGAAGGAGAGUGCCCUGACUGAAAACCGAAUCGCUGAACUAGAUGCCGCCGCAACGGAGUCACCGUUCCUCUCAGCACUAGACUUACAAGUGAAAACGCAGUACCAAAGAACCAACUACUUCGAUAACCGAUCGAAGGCGUUCAUGUCUGCAGUCGUCAAUCUUGCGGCGAGUCUGCCGCUCCCUUCAAGCUGGUAUCAGAACCAUCACUGGAGGAUAUACUACGAUGACCGGCUUCCGAAGCACACGCAAUUCAACAAUGACUACAUCUAUGCAUUUACGUGGGAAGACAGCCGCGUGGAUGCUCGACUCCUGAAAAUCCAACCAGACGACGUCAUUUUGGCCCUCAGCAGUGCUGGCGACAAUAUUCUCUCAUACCUUUUGCAAGGCUCAAAACGCGUGCAUGCUGUGGAUCUCAACCCCUCACAAAACCAUCUCUUGGAACUGAAAGCAGCCGCAUUCCAGGCGCUUGGGUAUGCUGACUUCUGGAAAGUCUUCGGUGAAGGCCGCCACGAGAACUUCCAGCAGCUCCUCAUCGAAAAGCUCUCCCCUCACAUGAGCAGCGCAGCCUUCCAAUUCUGGCUCCAUCGCGGCCCCGAUACCUUCGGCAAGACCGGCCUCUACAGUACCGGCGGUUCCCGCCACGCCAUCGUCCUACUCCGUCACCUCUUCAAAGUCCUCGGCAUGCGCACGGAAGUCGACCGCCUCUGCACCGCCGGCACGCUGAACGAGCAGAAGGAGGUCUGGCACCGCAGCAUCCGCCGCGUGUUGCUCAGCCGCCUCCUCUGCUGGGCGAUCGUCAGCAACGAGAAAUGGCUCUGGAAAGCCCUCGGCGUUCCCCCCAACCAGCGCGCCCUCAUCGAGCACGACUACAUCCGCCAAGGCGACGCGCAGGACGCCUCGCGCGAUAUCCCCACCGCGCGCGCGAACAACACCGGCCGCGCCAUCUGGGCGUACGUCGAGAACACCCUGGAUCCGGUCGUCGAGAACACGCUGCUGAGCGACGACAACCACUACUACUUGAUGUGUCUUCAGGGACGAUAUUCCCGGCGCUCGCAUCCCGAGUAUCUCAGUCCGUCAGCGCACGUGCAGCUCUCCCGGCCCGGUGCGUUCGACGGGCUGCGCAUCCAUACGGACGAGAUCAACGAGGUGAUCUCGCGCAUGACGCCGGGGACGCUGUCGAUUGCGGUGGUGAUGGAUAGUAUGGAUUGGUUCGAUACGGAUGGGCGGGAAGCCACGACGCAGAUCGAGCGGCUGAAUCGCGCGUUGAAGAUGGGCGGGCGGGUAUUUUUAAGGAGCGCGGGGUGUAAUCCGUGGUAUAUUCAGCGGUUUGAGGAGAAUGGGUUUGCACCGAAGCGGGUGGCGGUGCGGGUGCCGGGAUCGUGUAUGGAUCGGGUGAAUAUGUAUGCGUCGACGUGGAUCUGCACAAAGGUCGGCGAGAUAGAGGGCCACCGCCUACGAAAGACCUCCAGCCCUGUGACGCCGCUUGAACUCUAAGUUGGCAUAUUGAGGGGGUACCGGCGUUUGGAAUCGGGGUGCAUCCAACGCGACGAUAUAAUUGAAAAGGUUCCCAUUGAACAGUUUUAGCUACAGUGGUUCGCGGCGUUGUAUACCAGUUGAUCUAUCUCUUUCGUCGUCCGUCAAAUACCCCACAAAUCAAUAGACCAGGUUUCCGCGUCGUUGGACUUUGAUAGCAAAGAAU